GUACUCGUAUAUUUACGCCUGUUAUAGAGACUGGCCUAUUUUUGAUUUUGUUCCUCUCCACCAUCACCACAACCACAACCAAUACCACCAAAACCACCAAUACCAUUACAACCAUAAAUACCACCAACAAAAUAACCAUCGCCACCAACACCACCAUUCACCACGAUGGCUACCAUAAAUUCGGUGCAGAAGAGUAUUCACUUGCCCUUAACGAGUUUGUCGUCGCCGCGUGUUUUGAUGUGUAGCGCUUCGGUUGGCACCGAAGGUUCCGUAACGCUACAACUGAGAGACUCCUCCGAUUCGAAUCAGUCGCCGGCGCCGACUUCAUUGGAAAAUGCCUUGACUAUUGGCUAUCCGGAUCCGGAGAUGUUGGCCGACGUAUUUGGUACACUGCAGACAGCCUCUUUCAAGAAUCACAGCAGUGCGAUAGCGUCAACAUCACCAACUACAACAACAUCAAGUCAUAGCCAUAACCAGAUUGGUGCUUGCAGCAGCAGCAGUAGCAGUAGCUGUAAGAACAAAAUCACAACCACCAGCAGCGGCAGUAAUAGUAGUAGUAGCAACACGAGCACUAACAACAGCAAUACCUCCCCCUCUGCAACUGCUAAUAAAAUCACAAUCAGUCGGCGCAAUCAAACUGCAGCGGUAACAACAAAAACAACAACAAACACAUCAGUAUCAGCAUCGACAUCUGCCAUCACAACAACAGCAACAGCAACAACAACGGGCAAAACAUCCGUGCAAACUGUGUCCACAGCAACGAAUACCACCAAUAAAACAACCAGCAGCUACGUUAAAAAUUGCCUCAUACGCAGCAGUAGUUGCAGCAAUACCAAUAACGUCACAUCGCUGGCGCAGAUAAUGAGCAACAGCAGCACCAGCAGCUCAUCAUCGUUAUUGAAUCACAGCAAUACAAACAGUAACAGCAAUUGCAGCAGUAAUAGUAAUUUCAGUUCGUCGAGUAGCAGCAACGACAGCAUUGUCAGCAUUAACAGCAACAACAGUGGCGGUGGGGUGUUAAAGACUGGCGGUUGCAGUAAAACUGCGGGUGCGGGUGGUGUUACAAGUGCGGCGCUGAAGAAGAAUCGUCCGAAGUUGUCUUCACCAACACGACAUGGGCCACAGCAGUGCCAGAUUUGUAGCAAAAUCUUUGGAAAUGCGUCAGCAUUGGCCAAACAUAAACUGACGCACAGCGACGAGCGGAAAUACGUUUGUGCGAUGUGUUCGAAGGCAUUCAAGCGACAAGAUCACUUGAAUGGACACAUGAUGACACAUCGCAAUAAGAAGCCAUACGAAUGCAAAGCCGAGGGUUGUGGCAAAUCGUACUGUGAUGCACGUUCAUUGCGACGUCACACUGAGAAUCAUCAUUCAGGUAUUAUAACGCCACAAAAUCAAACCCUUUCACCGACCUCGGGCCCACCGACCGGACUAAGUCUUUCGCCGGCCACGGCAAGCGGAGACGCCAGUUCGCCUGACGGCGCUACAUGCAUACGCACGUACAUCUCUACCGGUGGUACUGUUGUUGAUGCGGCAACAGGUGUUGCACUUACCGAAGAGCAAAUAAAAGCCAUUAAUUUGCCCAUUAAAACAGGCGUUACUUUACUUUCGCCGACAUCAACGUCGUCUGCAUCCUCCGUGAGUGGCGUAUCUUUACCUGCAUCAUCGCCAACAAUUGCCCUCACCGAGACGAGCAUCGUAGAUGCUAGCGAAGGUCUCACCCGUGAGCAAUUGGAUUUGAUAAGCAAAAUUAUGCAACAGACGAAACAGACCAGGGCACAAGUGACGGUCUCGUCGCCGACCAGCGUUAAUUCGUAUAAAGUGGACACGAAUCCGUCUUCGGCGGCACUCGGCUCGAUGAGUCCACAGAAUGCGGUGAGUGGAGUAUCAAAUCGUCCGCGUACAUGGAAUAUGCAACUGUUAAAUACCACCCAAAAUGUAUCCAUCAUGGUUGAUGAUACCAACUCUGAUGCAACGUCCAGUACAGCAACAUCGCCCAUCGAAGUGAAAGAAGAGGAGAUUAAUCAGCAAUUUGUGGCAGCCAUCAAUCCGCAUCUUUUGAACAUUGUCAAAAUGGAUCAGAAACCAGUUGAGUGUAAUUUGUGCCAUCGAAAGUUCAAAAACAUACCAGCACUUAACGGACAUAUGCGGCUGCAUGGCGGUUAUUUUAAAAAAGACCCCGAAGCUAAAAAGACGGAAAAGAAAGAACCCAGCGGUCCACCGCUGCAGACAGCCAGUAUCGGCGUGCGAGCGUUGAUCGAAGAGAAAAUUAUCAGCAAACGCAAAGAUAUGAACAAGGGUGCCUUCGUAGUUCCUGCACCACCCAGUAGUGUAUCCAGCACUUCCACAAUCCGACGAUCGAUUAGCGAUCUAGAAAGUUUCCUUAGCCCCAAAUCACACAGCAACAAUAGCAAUACAAGCGGCGGUAAUAGUGCCAAUAGUAGUAAUACCAAUUCCCCGAAUCAAAGUGCGCCUACCGCCACCACCACAACCAUGUUACCUGCUGCAACAACAAUCAAAAAUUAUAGUGGGGGCUCAUUGGGCUUGCAGCAAAUCGGUAUGUCACAGGGCAUAGAGAUAUUUAGCACAAAGCAACAAAAGACAGUUGGUAAUGUUAGUCUUGGUUUGGGCGUAGGUUUUAGUGGAGCUCUACAAGCAACAAAUUCAACGAUGAAUCCGUCAACGAUGAAAUCAACAGCAACGACAAAUACAACGACUACAAAAGCCACCUCGACCGAUCCGAAAGACUCUACGCUCAUUGAGUUGCUAAAGCGAGGCACCCGCAUCGCCGUCACUGCCAAGAAGCCAAUAAAUAGUACAAAUGCGAUUACAAAUAUGGGGAAUAGCAGCGGUAGCAAUGGCAACGGUAAUGGCGGAUCGCGGCAGAUAAUUACGAAUAACAAUCGCACAGUGAUUAUCCCAUCCGACGUGCAAGUUCUACCCACCCGAAUGGCUAAGUCGAAUGCUAAUGCGCCACGAACUUCUACACCAGUCAGUUUAGCCCUGACCGACACGGCGCCACUGUCACUCACCAUCUCUCAGAGUGGUGACAACAGCAUGAACGGUGAUGUGUACACCGUUACUUAUAGUAGCGAUGCAACUGGCUUCUUUGAUGAUGCCGAGGUCUACAAUGUUGCUGAUACCGAUAUGUUGCUACAGACGGUGGACUCAAUGCAGUUACUCAAUGAUGACUCGCAACAGCUGAAAAGCGAACAUUCCGAACAGUUUGGCACUGUAACUGGUGUCGGCAUCGCGGAAGGCGAUCAGACUGAUCACAACGGCAGUUGCAUUCAAACCGAAUUCUUAAAGUUAGAAGCCAACGGUAAUGUCAAUGCCAUGCCUACCACUUUACCCACUUUCCAACAAUUCCAUUCCAAAGAGCUCAUUAUGCAAAAUAGUGCCCAGAUACAGGCUGUGACUAGCAUGCGACCUAAUACGCAUCAACUGGGCACAAUGUCCUCACCAAUAAAUUCUCCGCUUGCAUAUCCCACGCCGCCAUCUAGUCAUGAAAAUAUGACACAAUCUUCGCCAUACGUAGAGGACGGAAACCAGUAUUCGGAAGUGACGAACGCUUUCUUCAAUGAGAAAUGCAAUGCGGAUUUUCUGAAGCAGUCAUCCACCGAAGUAACUUUCUUCAAAGGCAACGACAGUCAACAUGAGCUCACUGAUACCGAGAAGAUAUUAAAGCUAAAGACAGUGCUGGAGGAGAGCGCCUUCGAUGGUUCCAUCAAGGUCGAAGACUUACUAAAUGGCACACAGGAUGACGAUACCGAAUGUGAUUUACGCGACUUCGCUGAGACUAAUCUAGCAUUCUUGGACGAGGAUCAAGAGUUUCUGAAUGAUUCGCGAAAUGCAACUUCCCCUCUACCCGAAUCGUUUUUCACAGGUAGUAUUGGAACAGCAGAUGAAGUGAAAGAGGUAUUACGCGAUGUCCUGCCCGAUGAGAAUAUCAAUAUCAACUGUGAAGAACAGUCCGGUGAGAAUAUCAUUGAUUUGUACUAUUUACCCGGCUUGGGCCUCCAAUCACAAAUGAUGCCCAACUCCGACGAUCCGCUGCUGUCCUCAUCUCCUAGAGAUUUUGGGCAACAGAGAGGGCAAGUUAUACAGACGACGCAGCAAGAGCAGGUACAACAGCAGCAGCAACAUCAUCAGCAGCAACAACAACAGCAGCAACAACAACAUCAGAAUCAACAAUUGCUAGCACAAUCGCAACAAAUCCAACAGAGUACGCAGCAAAUGCUGUAUACGCAGCAAAUAGAGCACCAAAUCCAACAACAACACCAUCAGCAGCAGGAACAACAAACGUCCGCUUCUGUAAACUACGUGAACAAUCAGCUUGCAAUGGCAAUGCAACACACUGUCGGCGACGGUAAUGGUGCCAACACGACGCUUCAGUACAAUCUACAGAACCUACCACAAGUACAAAACCAACAACAAUUCAUUGAAGCUAACACUCCGAUCCAACAUGUGUCAGCCAUUGAUGGUGGCAUUUUGCAUCAACAGCUUGUAUUCACAGGCUCGACGGAUAAACAGGAGAUACACAUAACAGGACAACAAAGCGACAUCGGCCUUCUGUCGACCAGUGCUGCAAUGAACACCGACACCAAUAUUUAUUUCGCCAGCAACUCCAGUACUUCCAACAAUUCUAUGUCGUCACUGCAACAGACCGGCAACCAGUCGAAUGCCAGCAAUGUGGCAUCCUCCUCAACCACAUGUCUGCCACCAAUAGCAUCCACGGUCAUCUCUACACUACAACCCCUAUCAAACCAAACCAAUUCCAUACUGAAGCGGCGCUUGCGACCGCACAAUUCGAAUGAUUCCAGCAGUUCGCAAAGUUUCGCUAAAUAUCACCCGCUUUCGCCGUAUCGCUCCAAACUGCGCAAGCCCUCUCGUACACAUUACACACCUGCGCCAAUACUGAAUCCCGACCGAAAAGGCAUUGGACUCUAUUGUAGUGUGCGAAAGCAGCUCAAUACGGGUAUGCUGGGCUUUGAUAGUUUUGAUGAUGAUUUUGAUGAUCCAGUUGGUUUGGUGGACUUUUCCGAUGAAUCAAAAGUCAAUCUAGGCUCAGCUUAUCAAGCUCAAAUACCACCUUGUCGAGAACGUAUUCAAAGUGCGGGUAGCGAUGCUGCCACCGACGGUGAAUUGUGCAAAAACACAUCCUGCUUUGAAGUCGAGGAACUUGUAGGCGCAGAGCAAUUAUGGGAUCCCACCGUACAAAUGGACGAGAAGAUUUUGAUGCGCUACAUUGACCUGAGCAAAUCAUCAGCGGUACCGUUGGGCAGUCACUCCGAAGAGGUGGCGUUGCAAACACUGCUCAAAGCAUGCGGAAACAUGGCUGCGGCAGUACUAACGCUCUUGCAAACACAGUCGAAUGCAUUCCAGAUGAAGUGGUCCGCAACGGAAUUGGAGGUAUUCUUGAAAGGCUUGGAACGGCAUGGCAAAGAUUUUGGACGCAUUUCGCUGGAGUUGGGUUCGAAGACAACAGGUGAAUGUGUGCAAAUGUACUACUUUUGGAAGAAGCUUUGCGUAGACUAUAAAGUUUCGCAUCUCAAGACGGAAACACCACCACCACCACCGGCAAAUGAUCCGAAGCCAUACGUAUGCGAAGUGCCUGAUUGCUCCGCGAGCUUCACCUCAAAAGCUGCCCUGCAUGGCCAUACUCGCAUACAUACGUAUGGCAGAAAUGCCAGUAGCCAUAAUAGUAGUAACAAUAAUAAUAACAACAACAACAACAAUAAUAAUCACCAUAACCACAACAACAACAACAACAAUGCCACAAGCAAUACAACCAAUACAAAUGGUGCCACAAUAGGGGCCACAACAGUUGUCGCUCAGCAAAGCAACGCCUGCACGUUACAAACGCAAUCGCAAACAGCCAACGCGGUCACAGGCGUAUGCGGUGUAGUGGUUAAAGAUGCUAAUCAAAGCGGUGCGGCCAGUAAUGCCAACGGCGCAAAUAAGGACACCGAUUUCCCCUGCAAGGUGUGCGGCAAAGUUUUUAAUAAAGUGAAGAGCAGAAGUGCCCAUAUGAAGACGCAUCGUGUGCAGGAGCAACAGCAACAGCAACAGCAACAGCAACAGCAACAGCAACAGCAACAGCAACAACAACAGCAACAACAACAGCAGCUGCAGCAUCAACAGCUGCAACAACAAUCAGCUGUCGAAAUAGCAACUGCACCUAGCAAUGCAGCUGCGUCUGCGCACAGCCAAAAUCUAACUGCGAAUCAAAGUCAGCAGCAACAACAAAAACAACCACAGCAGCCAAUUGAGAAAAUAUCCUGAAUUUAGACGUCCCUUCCCAGUAGUGACUACCCAUUAUUACCUUAAAGACAACAACCAACCACAACACUCGAUUACAUCCGACCAAGUGACCGACAAUGAAAUUCGCUAAUAUUCCCGAAGUACCAAAAAACAAAAACAACACAACAACAACAAAAAAUCGUAAGAAUGUACUUUAAUAAAAGUAAACCAAAUGUUUGUAAAAGCACGUAAAUGACAAGCGUAAAAUCCAUUUGAAAUUUGAAACUGACAAUCGAAGUGUUAUUGAAAUGUAACCUUAAAGUUAAUUAAAAUUAAAUUAAUGGCGUAAUAAUAUUUAAAUUUAUUAAACCAAUCUGCUAAAAUGCAAGUAAAUGUGUAAUAACAAUGUGAAAUAUAUAUACAUACAUACAUACCAUACAUACAAACUCAUUUUGUAUGCAAUGAACUGCAACUCAGUAAGAAGAGUUAAAACAUAAAAACAACAAAAAACUAAAAUAUAACAAAAAUUACGCAAAGUCAAAAUCAAAUAAACAAAUCGAAAUAUUCUUCUAAUACGAGUAGGCGCGUCUUCUAUUGUAGUUGUUCUUGUGUGGCAUAGAUUGUAAUUGAACUUUAUUUACGUUAGAAAAGGAGAUUUUAUUAUAGAUUUACAAUUUGACUAGUGAUUACAAUUAAGUGAAUUAUGUAGUAAAUGUAAAGUUAGUCAUAUUUAACUAACUGAAAAAUACUUUUACAUGUAUUGUAAUUUGCUGGAAAUGUGAAGUAACUUUUAAGGAAAUAUUUGUGGUGACAUAAAUGUGCGAAAAUCAGUAGAAAGAUUUAUGUAAAUUUCGUCAAGGGUUUAGUGGCAUACAGAUACCAGAUACCAGAACGAAAUGAAUUGAAAGUAUUUCCUAAAUAUCAAAACCAAACCGCCGAUGAAAGUGAAUUAGCAGUAAAACACACAAAAUUAAAAAAAAAAAAAUAUAAUUAAUAUUUAAGUUCCUUGCUACACACACACACAUAUACAAUAUAAAUUAUAUAUACAUUUGCAAUAUUUCUGCCAAUAGUUACACAAUUAUUUGAAUAAGUGAGAGCAAUGAAAAUUGUAUGUGCGCAGAGUAAAGGUUAAAUUGGAGUACGAUCCAAAAUGUCAUAACCAUUACCGUAUCCUCAACCACAACCAUAUUUGGUAAUGGUAAUGGAUUGUACAGAGAGGAAGAGGAAGACCUCGUCUGCGUUGGAAAGCUGAGGUGGAGAAGGAUUUGGCUUAACUUGGUGUGUCCAACUGGUGCCGGUCAGUACGAGAAAGAAACGACUGGCGUGCUUUGUUAAACUCGGCCAAAAUCGCGUAAGCGGUUAUCGCGCCAAUUAAGAAGAAGAAUAAUGCAUUGGACGAGUUAGGCUAAGGCCUUUAUGCACUGCGAUCAGAUGGAUCUAUUAUACGCUUCUAAAUGCUUAAUUUUAAUCAUUUAGUAUUGUGACGAAUCGAACCAGCUGAUCCUCUGGUAGGUAUGAGAAAGUGUCUCCUGUGACCUAAUGCUUCCCAAUUGGUAUUUAAGUGUUCCAUGGGCGCCACUUCAUCACAUCAGAACCUGCAUAAACUAAUGCUAGAUAGUCCUAUUGUAUUGAAAUGUUUAUUGCAGGCAAAGUGGCCUGUAAGUGCGCUACAGAGUAAUCUGAGUCGCUUUUUGUCUAGGGUUAGAGCAGGUUUUGCUCUGUUGGUAUUGAAGGAAAUUUUUGGAGUGAUUAAGACCGUUUGUGCCGUUCCUGUAUUCCUUAGUUUUUAUUUGGAUUCAUCAAACUAUUGCAGAAUCUAAAAAAAAGAAAACAACAUGAGAAGAGAUGCGAAAAUUAGCUCGGGGGAAAAGAAAUCCAUUAUUAUUUUCGCAAAUGGUUUAAAACUGCUUAAUGGUCGAUCUUUAGUUAUUUAAAUUAUUUGAUCGAUACUUUACGAGAUACGACAGCCAUUUACCAAGAAAAUAAUGGAUUUAUUUUUCCCCAAAUUAAUAUAGAUGCUUUCCAUUUCAAUUCAACCGGGCUAUUCGGGACAUGUUCUUCGAUUUCGAUGUAACUCAAAUAUGUUGUUCUCUGGUCAAAAUAAUGAGACACGUAUUUUUUUGUUCGCCCGAAAAAAAUUUUUUUCAAGCUUUAUCGGCAAUUUUGUUUUUCGGCUCAAAAUCGAUUUUUUUUUAAUAAUAUAAGAUUUUUUUGUUUUAAAUGCUCAUAACUUAGUCAAAAAUGAACCGAUUUUAAUAAUUUUGGGUUCAAAAUGAUCGUCAUUACCUACACGAGCGAUUUCAUGUAGAAAUAGUUGCAAAAACGUAGUUGAAAAUUUUUUAUUUUGCAAAAAACAAAAAGUGCGAAACAGGGUGUUUACUCAAAAAUUCAUUACUCAAAAACAACUCAUUUUAGCUACUAGGCAUGCAGCUCAAUUAAAGUUUGAGAUGUUUUUUUGAUUUG